AUGGCGGCCCGCGCGCUGCUGUGGCUGGCGGCGGCGGCGCUGGCGGGGGCCGAGCGGCGCUACCGGGCGGACUGGGCCAGCCUGGACGCGCGGCCGCUGCCGGCCUGGUUCGACCGCGCCAAGGUGGGCGUGUUCGUGCACUGGGGGGUCUUCGCCGUGCCCGCCUGGGGCUCCGAGUGGUUCUGGUGGCACUGGCGGGGCGAGCAGCGCGCCGACUACGAGCGCUUCGUGCGCAGCCGCUUCCCGCCCGCCACCACCUACGCGGACUUCGCGCCCCGCUUCAGCGCCCACGACUUCCAGCCCCGCGAGUGGGCGCGGCUGUUCCAGCGGGCGGGAGCCAGGUACGUGGUGCUGACAGCGAAGCACCAUGAGGGAUUCACAAACUGGGGCUCGCCGGUGUCCUGGAGCUGGAACGCCGUGGACACGGGGCCCCACCGAGAUCUUGUAGGCGAGCUGGGACAGGCGCUCAGGGAGAGCAACAUAAGCUAUGGACUGUAUCAUUCUCUGUUAGAGUGGUUUAAUCCGCUCUAUCUGGCUGACAAAGAAAGUGGCUUCAAGACCCAGAGCUUUGUUUUGCAAAAGACAAUGCCAGAACUUUAUGAUCUUGUCUUAAGAUAUAAACCAGAUUUGAUUUGGUCGGAUGGAGACUGGGAAGCUCCGGAGUCGUACUGGAAUUCCACCUCGUUCCUUGCCUGGCUUUAUAAUGAUAGUCCUGUCAAGGACACUGUUGUUGUGAAUGAUCGCUGGUGUAAUAACUGCUCCUGCCAUCACGGAGGCUACUACAACUGUGCUGACAAGUACAAACCGGGUGCCCUGCUGACGCACAAGUGGGAGAUGUGCUCCUCCAUUGACAAGCUCUCCUGGGGGUAUCGAAGCAACAUGCACAUCAGUGAGUUAAUGGAUGAAGCAAGUAUCAUCGAGGAGCUAGUGCAGACUGUGAGUUUUGGUGGCAACUACCUUCUCAAUGUGGGCCCUACAAAAGAAGGGGUGAUCGUUCCCAUCUUCCAAGAAAGACUGCUGGCACUUGGGAGGUGGCUGGACACUAACGGGGAGGCGAUUUAUGAAUCAAAGCCAUGGAGGGUACAGAUGGAGAACAGCACAGACAGUGUCUGGUACACGUCUAAAGGACCGGCUGUCUAUGCCAUCUUUCUGACCUGGCCCCGGGACAGUCUGCUGAAGCUCCUUUCACCUGUUGCAUCCCCGAGCUUGCAAGUGACCAUGCUGGGCCUCGCCGGGGCUCUGGAGUGGCAGAAGGGSCCAGAUAAAGGGGUGCUGAUAACGCUGCCCUGCGCGCCUCCGUCUGCCCUGUCUGCUCAGCCUGGCUGGACUGUCAAGCUUGAGGGUGUGGAAUGAGAGCUGUGGGGGAGAGCAGCAAUCUGCCUCUGCUGCUCCAUUGUCUUUAGGCUAAGAUUUUCUGUUUUUCC